AGUCAUCUGUUUGUAAACAGAACCAGUCGGUCCGAGACUCCCCCGACCCAAAUGGGAAAUGAUCCGCUCCGAGCAACAAUACAAAGAGCCCAUUCUCCUCGCUACCUGGUGAAUACGCUGCAACACCUACUACAGUUCAUCUGAGGGAGCUCCAAAAAGGCUUUUCUCAUUGUUUUGCGCUCAAAAUGCCUUCUUGGACACAUUUGGUGCGCUUUGUCGCCUCUGAGGAUGACCAAGUCCAUUUGGGUCAACUAGUCGACCCAACGCGUGAUGUCGGCCUAGACUCUAUCAAUGGAAUUCCCAUUUAUGCAUUCAAAGUAGAGGGAACUAUAUACAAUGGCAGGGUAACAGAAACCUCUUUGCAAGUCCGCCAGCUACUAUCACCUAUUGUUCCAGAGGAAUGUCCCUACAUUCGCUGCAUUGGUCUCAACUACAAACUUCAUGCACUGGAGGCUGGCAUGCCAAUUCCAACUGUCCCAGCCCUUUUCUCGAAACCCCGUACCACUAUCGCCAAUCCGUACCCGGGUACCAUUAACAUCCCAAAGAUUGCCCAAGACAACUCAAGUGAUUAUGAGGCAGAGCUUGUCAUUGUUAUCGGAAAGUCAGCUCGGGACAUUACCGCUGAACAGGCUCCUUGGUAUAUUCUUGGAUACACUGCUGCCAACGAUGUUUCAGCGCGAGAUAUGCAGAUGAAGACUCCAAUGCCUUGCUUCUCCAAGGGCAUGGACUCCAGUUGUCCGUUGGGCCCGGUUUUGGUCUCCACGGCCGUUAUUCCCGAUCCCCAAGACUUGGAAAUCAACGCAAUUUACAAUAACAAAACGGUUCAAGAGGGCCAUACCAGUGACAUGAUUUUCGGGGUGUGUGAGCUCAUCGCCUAUUUGUCCCAAGGAACUACCAUUGAGCCUGGAACAAUUAUCCUGACUGGGACCCCGUCAGGAAUUGGAUACUUCCGGUCCCCCAGAAUAUUCCUUGGAGAUGGAGAUGAAAUCCGAGUUUGUAUUGAGCGAAUUGGGUCCCUUGUCAACAAGGUUCACUACGAGUAAUUUUCAAAUCUAAUAACUUCGGCGCCGAGU